UUCCAAUCAAUAGGAUCCCUUCCAAACAGAAAGAUGAGAAGAAGGAGAUGAAAAAGGAGAUGAAAGAUGAUUACCAUCGUAAGGUUCUACAUACACCAAGUUUUUGUGAAGAAGAAUACAUAUUCAGAGUGCAUUACGGGCUGCGUACAACCCCGGCGGAUUAUGAACCAAUGCUCAUUUCCAUUGGCCCCUAUUUUCAUCGGAAUUCGCCCAAUUGGAUGAUGCAAUGGAAUUCGCCCAAUUGGAAGAUGCAAUGGAAUUCGCCCAAAGUGAUGAACUUGAAAGAGCGGUACUUGCAAUCAUUUUUAAAAAGAGCAGAAGGGCGCGGAUUGACUAAAGAGAACAUUAGGAAUAAAUUAAAGGGUUUGGAAACCAGAGCAAAAAGUUAUUAUGGUGAUCCAAUAAUAGAUAUGGGUGAAAAAGAAUUUGUAGAAAUGUUAUUACAUGAUGGUUGCUUUGUAGUGGAAUUUGUUGUUAGAUCAAAGUCAACAACAACAACUGGAUGUAGUGAUCCUCCUAUUCUCGUGGCUGACUGGAUGGAAGUUCAAAUUGUUCGAGACAUGUUGCUGAUGGAGAACCAACUCCCCUUCUUUGUUCUUAAUGAACUCUAUCAAAUGAUAAUGGAAACUACACAAGACAAGGCACCCUUCUUGAGUUUGGUGGAAUUCACAUUUUCAGAUGUGCUAUCAAAGCUCAGGUAUUUCUCCUUGAUCCUGAAUGAGGUGAAUGACCAAGAGGUAAAGCAUUUACUUCAACUGGUGCAUAUUCUUUGCCGCCCUCAUCAAUCCCAAGUAACUCAAGUAAGGACGACACCGCACCCUGCAGCUUCCAUGGAAUCAAGCUAUAUACGUUCUGCAAGCGAGCUUUUAGAAGCAGGAGUUGACUUCAAAAAGGUUGAAGCUGGCAUGAUGAGUCUAUUUGAUAUAAGAUUCAAUCGCGGCACACUUGAGAUCCCCUCGCUCAGACUUGGGGAUUCAUCGGUCAGCCUUUUCAAGAAUCUCAUAGCCUACGAGCAGCAUUCCAUUGAUGUGUAUCCCAAGUAUUUCUCAGAUUACGUGGUAUUCAUGGAUGAUCUUAUCAAAACAGACAAGGAUGUCAGCAUACUUCGCCUCAAUGGAAUUAUCUUAAAUGGGUUAGGUUUUGACUGGGAAGUGGCUCGUCUUUUUAACACCCUAGCUAAAGGGGUUGUAUAUUCGAGUCGUGACUACUGUUACGCUAAUGUGUGCUACGAUUUGAUUCAACAUUGCAAGAAACCAAGGAAUGUGUUGAUGUCAAAGUUAAGACGUGAUUAUUUUCACAGUCCAUGGGCAGGGAUUUCAACCGUUGCAGCUAUACUGCUUCUUUUCCUCACUGCUACACAGACUAUUACAAGUAUCUUGGGUCUGUAUAAAUAAUGCCAUGACAUCCUAAGUGUGUGUGUUCAGGAUUUUAAAGUCUGAUCUAUUAUGCAAAGUGUGAGCAAUAAACACUUUUAUCAUUUUACCUGCAGGCCUGUACUUCAAUUCUCUAUUGUAAUUAACAAACCAAGUUGCUUAAA